AUGAUUGAGUAUGUAACAAAAGACGAGCAUACAAAGGAUGAACCUAUUACUCUGGAUCAAUUGCAGAGGGCCAUUGAAUACAUCAUUUCAGAAAUUCCAAACGCUCUGGAUAGCGAUAAAGAUGGCAUUAUGUCAAUACCCAUUCCUCCUCAGUUUGAGGCCAACAUUUGUGUAACCAGGAGGCCACAGUGGAUGGACCCGAGUUCAAUAAAUCCAUCUUCUAAUGACACUAUAUCUCUGACUCAACUAGGAUUCGCUGCAAAAACUUCGCAUAAGAACGAUGUUAGCUUCAAGGAUAUUCAACCACACCCUAAAGGAGUACUCAAUAUAUGCUGCAUAAAUGAUUUAAUAUGCCAGUUUUGCAGCUCAUCAAGAAAGCGAUUGGAUAGACCAAUCUUGCAGUUUAUUAAAGAAACCGCUACAAUGUGCAAUUUUGACGAAUUUAAUUGUGUAGCAAAAAGUUGGGAAUUUAUUUUGAUUUACCUUUCAAUUUGUCGUCCCUUGCACAUGAUCGGAAUUACUACAAAGAUAUGCUGCUCUCCAAAAAUGAUGCCUUUGUCUAUUUAUAAUUUUCAUAUCAAAAAUCACUUUUCAAAGUGUGUAAAAUCUCCGAGACAGCAAUCUGUUGGCGAAUCCCCGGUGGCAGAAUCAAUGGCUCAGCAGGAAUCCAUCGAAAACAUUGCCGAAAAGAUCCGUGAACAGAAAAAUAAAAACACGAUCAAUGAAAUUGAAAUCCCGUUAGCAGCACACGCUAUUCAGAAUGCUGGAUUUUCCUCCACACCAAACUCUCAUGGUCCGCAAAGGAACUCCUCAUCAAAGGGCCAAUUUGGAAACUAUUUCUCAUCCGGGCUCUCUUUUGAACAAUGCAAGAAAGAAUUUUCCCCAAAAUUUCAAAAGACUUUUUCAUAUUUGGGGGGAAAAUGCACAGCAAUUUCUUUUUCCCAAGCUAAUGAAAUGACGAUUUCGUUCCUCAAGGCAUUUGAAAAGAGUAAGUUAAAGUCGCCAUCUGAUUUUUAG